AUGAAGAAGAAACUUUACAAAUUGUCAUUGUUUAAAGAGAUUGAUGAAUUUAAUUAAAAAGAUAGUGAUGGACAUUAAAGUGAUGAUUCCUAAACAUUUGAUGAUUUCUUAAACACUACUUUUGAGGCAUAUGGUAAUAAAUAUGAUUAUUAGAUUUAGAAUCUUAAAUAUUUAUAAGUAGCAAUCAAACUCCUAUUCAUUCUGAGCAAUUAUAAUUUAUUUAAGGAGUUUUUGAUAAAUCUGAAGAAAGUGAGUAAUCUUUUGAUUUCAAUAUUACAAAUGUAUGCAUUUAUUCAAGCAUUUAUUAUAGAUUGAAGGAGAUAAUAGAACAACUUUAAUGAUGAGAAACAUUCCUUAAAAUUAUACUAAAGAGAUGCUCAUGAUGGAAAUUGAUCCAAAAUUCAAAAACAAAUUUGAUUAUUUUAAUUUCCCAUAUGAUGGAAAUGCUAAUCCUGGUUAUGCAUUUAUCAAUCUAAAAUCUAAAACAUAUCUAAAAGAUUUUUAUAAUUAUUUUAAUGGUAGAAAAUGGAAGAUUAAUCCAUUAAAUAAAGUAAUAUAUUUUAAUUAUCAUAUUUUAGCCUUGUUUUUUAAAAUAUGCCAAAAUAUAGCAUAAGAAAUUUAAAUAAAUAAACCCAUAAAUAUAUUUAUAACAAACUAGUGUUAUUAAACUUAUUUAAAGUUAGAAAUUAUAAUGCAGUUUGUGA